AUGACUUCAUCUACUGGUCCGACACCUGCUCACGACCCUUCAGCUAGCGACAUAUAUGACCCGGAUGAGGUAUUUCCACGAAACAGUCCCUUGAUGAAGCCUUGCGUUUUCAAACUCAAGCCUUCGCCUUCUCCGCCGGCGGUUCCUCUUCCUCUAGUCAGUCACUCACCCAGUCUUGGCGGGAAGUCUUCUAAUCGUCGGCAUAAGAUUCAACCUACUCAGGGCGAUGCUGUGCUAAUACUGCACCUCGAUGGUGGAAGGCGCCCUGAGAUUUCUCAGGAGGCAGGGAAACGCCCACUCGACCAAUUUGACACUGGAAGUGAAUCGGAAGGGUCGAUAGGCGAUGAUUCGGAAUUCGAGGAUGGCAUUCGAAGCAACGACAUGUCGCCAGCACCAACCUCGCGUUUCACAAAAAAUGUAGUCGAACCGUUAGCAUUAGAACCCCCAUCGGCACCAGCAUCUGUUGAUUUGAGGUCUUUAGCAACAGAUGCGCUUGCAGCUGCUCAAGCAGUUUCAAAGACCACUGAUCUAGAUGAGUUACAGAAUCCAAAUCAUGAAACUCAGGUCUCUCGAAGACUUAGCUUAAUCGAAGGUUCGGCAAUUAUCAGGGCGGAAGGCAUGUCCAUAUCGAGUGCAAAACGGCCAGUACUCGCGCCGCCGAUACCUCCAUAUCCUCUUGGAAGUCAUGGUGAACUAGCCCCUCUUCAAAUGGCUUCUCCUAGGUCGGAUUCAUCAAACCAUGAAACACUGCCGUCGAUUCGAUCGCAGUUCUUCGAACAACUUCACAGCCCGCCGAAAGAUCUCGCUCUGCGUUCUAGUCCGCAUUUUCCUCACUCCCCUCCAACGGGACCAUCUCGGUUGGGAGCCAUCUCAGGGAACCAUGCCUCUCCGCCCAUUUCGCCAAACGAAGGAUUCCGAAACAGCAUCCCAUCUCCAGCUAACACACUACCUGCUUUGAGUCCCUACCCAUAUUCGAGCACCGCCGGUAACAGCCACCACUCUCCACCAGGGCCGGAUUAUAGCAGUUCCAAAUUGGACCGCUCCUCGAUUAGCCAGAUUCUAACACCCCCCACAGACCGAAUUGCAGAUAGAAUGAGCAUUGACAGCAUGACCAAUCCCCAAGUCGGGCAGUUCAUAUGUAAUUUUCAAGGCUGUAAUGCACAACCUUUUCAAACACAAUACCUUUUGAAUUCACAUGCCAACGUACACUCCUCAGCUCGGCCGCAUUAUUGUCCAGUAAAGGGGUGUCCCCGGAGCGAAGGCGGCAAAGGAUUCAAGCGCAAAAAUGAAAUGAUUCGACAUGGUCUCGUACACGAUUCGCCUGGUUACGUGUGUCCGUUCUGCCCAGAUCGAGAACACAAAUAUCCCAGGCCGGAUAAUCUACAAAGACAUGUUCGCGUUCAUCACGUCGACAAGGAUAAGGAUGACCCAGCCUUGCGUGAAGUGCUUGCACAACGCCCUGACGGCCCUAAUCGAGGCCGAAGACGUCGUGGUGGGCCUUGA